UAUGUAAUGUAAAUGUCAUUUAUGAUUGAUGACUGUAAAAUUAUCUCAAGUACCCAACCAGCAAAAUAUAAAUUUAUAUACAUAUACAUAUGCAUACACAUAUCUAUUAAUGUGAUAAUGGUCACUGUAUAUAAAGACCAAAUAUAGAUAUAUUUACUUGAAAAUACACUCGGAUGCCUGCGUAUAGAAAUAUAUAUAGAUUAGUAUAAAUUUAUCUCUUAGAAAUGUUUCAUGUCAUAGAAGUCAUUUUGCUUAAUGCCUUGUUUGCUUUUACUGCUGGUCAAUCGACAGAAAAUAUUAUAAGCAGACAAGAAUGGGGAGCGAGAUUACCAAAAGAACCUCCAAUAAACCUUACGAUAAAUCCACCAGCAUUUAUCGUUAUUCAUCAUUCUGGACGAGGUGCAGGAUGUACCACACAAGCUUUAUGUCAAGCUAAAGUUAGAAGUUUUCAGGAUUUUCAUAUGGAUUUUAGAGAAUGGGAUGAUAUUGGCUACAACUUUUUAAUUGGAGAAGAUGGUAAUGUUUAUGAAGGCCGUGGCUGGGGUAUUAAAGGAGCUCAUUUCCCUGCUUACAAUGCAAGAAGUUUAGGAAUUUGUUUUAUUGGGAAUUUUGAUAAAAAAAUUCCAGCACCAGCAGCUAUAAAAACUGCAAAAAACUUUCUGGAUUAUGCAGUAACUUUAGGUAAAUUACAAUCAAAUUAUACAUUGAUAGGACACCGACAAGGAAGAUCGACUACUUGUCCGGGUGACAAACUUUUUGAAUUAAUUCAAAGUUGGCCAAAAUGGAAAAAUGUUACUACUGACUAAAUUUUUUUUAUUUUAAAUAAAUCUUUUUUAAAUGCAAAAAA